AUCACGUCACGCUUCCAUGUUUAGGAGGAAGUAAUAACACUUGGCUACUGUUAGCCAGUACACCGCAGUGUAUUCCCAUACUAUACACGGUAGUUCAAAUUUAUUUCGCCAUGUUGGUGUAUUUUCAAUGCAAGCAUUUAUUGUUGUUGCUAUUUGUCGCUAUUUUUGGUUGAUUUGGUUCCCGGGCUACAAGUUGUCUCAAAUAAGCCACAUGCUAGGCUCGCAAACGUCAACAUCCAGUGGCAGGUCGAGCUGUUGACUAGAGACUGUUCAGGAGCUUUAUCAUGAAGACCAACAAGUCAUAUAAGCUUGUGCUGCACAAGAAAGGUUUUGCUGGAAGUGAUGAUGAGUUGGUUGUCAACCCAAAAGUUUUCCCUCAAGUCAGUCUUGGGGACAUAAUUGAGAUUGCGCACCCCACAGAUGAAUACAGUCCUCUCCUGCUGCAAGUGAAGAGCCUUAAAGAGGAUUUACAGAAAGAGACAAUCAGUGUGGACCAGACUGUAGCACAAGCCUUUAAACUCCGUGCAUACCAGGAUGUCAUUGUUAACAUUGUUGACCCAAAGGAUGUAACACUAGACUUGGUGGAGCUGACUUUCAAGGACCAGUACAUUGGCAGAGGAGAUAUGUGGAGACUAAAGAAGAGCCUGGUCACCACAUGUGCUUAUGUGACACAGAAAGUGGAGUUUGCAGGAAUCAGAGCCCAGGCCAGUGAACUCUGGGUAAAAGGAGAGAAAGUGACCUGUGGUUACAUCAGUGAAGACACCAGGGUGGUGUUCAGAUCCACAUCUGCAAUGGUGUACAUCUUCAUCCAGAUGAGCUGUGAGAUGUGGGACUUUGACAUCUAUGGUGAUCUCUACUUUGAGAAGGCUGUAAAUGGUUUCCUGUCUGACCUUUUUGCCAAGUGGAAGGAGAAGAACUGUAGUCAUGAGGUGACAGUCGUUCUUUUCUCACGUACAUUCUACAAUGCUAAAAGUAUAGAUGAAUUUCCAGAGAUUUUGAGAGGCUCCAUCAGGCAGGAUCAUGAGGGACGAUUUUAUGAAGACUUCUAUAGGGUUGUGGCUCAGAAUGAGAGGCGGGAUGAGUGGACAUCUUUACUGGUCACUAUUAAGAAGCUUUUCAUCCAGUAUUCUGUCCUGGUGCGACUGAAAGAAGCAGAUGGUUUUCCUGUGGGUUAUAACUCAACUGCUGCUCAGGGAAACUACCUGGAGGCCAUUAACUUGUCCUUCAACGUAUUUGACAAGCACUACAUCAACCGAAACUUUGACCGCACUGGACAAAUGUCAGUUGUUAUUACACCUGGGGUAGGAGUGUUUGAAGUGGACCGUCUACUGAUGAUUCUCACCAAACAGAGAAUGAUUGACAACGGUAUUGGGGUAGACUUGGUGUGUAUGGGGGAGCAGCCAUUGCACGCAGUACCAUUGUUCAAGCUGCACAAUAGGUUGACCUCUGGAGACUCUCGUGUGGGAGAUGACUAUAACCUGCCCCACUGGAUCAACCACAGCUUCUACACCUCCAAAAGUCUGAACUCUUGUAGCUCCUUCACCCCUCGAAUCAAACUGGCUGGUCACAAGAUUCAUGCGGAAAAAUUCAAGAGCAGCAAAGACCACACUCUCUGUGCUCCAAAGGACUCUGAUAACAGCCUGCCUAUACAGGUGGACUAUGAUGCCUAUGACGCUCAGGUGUUCAGACUUCCUGCUCCUUCGCGAAUUCAGAGAAGCACCAACUUCAGGAUGGGUCGAGACAAAGAGAUGAGUGGGAGGAAGAGCUGGGGCUCCGUGGACGUCAGCGCAGGCAUAGGGGCGUCCCCUCCCAUACGCUCUGGGGGUCCUGAGGAAAAGCGUAGCCUGGCCUCUGAUGAUAGUCUAGGCCCAGUGUCCAACAUGCUGCUGAUACCUCGCAUGCCUCCUGCCCAAUAUGAAGUCAGCAGUUCUCUCGGAUACACAAGCACCAGGGAGUUGUUGGAGAAGAUGAUGGACUCUCAGCGAGACUCCAGUGCCCCGGGCAGGUUCACAGUGGGAAGUGCGGAGUCGACGCUGCACAUCCGUCCAGGAGGUUACACCCCACAAAGGGCUCUGAUAAACCCCUUCACACCAUCCAGGAUGCCCAUGAAGCUCACCUCUAACCGCCGGCGCUGGAUGCACACUUUCCCUGUCGGUCCUUCUGGAGAGGCCAUCCAGAUCCAUCACCAGACCAGACAAAACAUGGCUGAACUGCAGGGCAGCCAGCAGAGAGAUCCUGCCCACACCUCCGCCGAGCUGCUGGAGCUGGCUUAUCACGAGGCCACUGGAAGGCGAACAACAUCUAGACAAGCAGGAGAGGGCCUUUACAUUGGUGGAGGGAUGGAUGAGUUCACUGGAAGCCCAGGGAGCAAUAACAGUGGAACUUUGGCUAACCAUGGCUCCUCCUUUGAAGACUUUUCCCUCAUCAGUGCCGAUCCAACCCUGCUGCUGUCUGCACCCCCGACAGUGCCCAGCUUCUGCUGCACAGUGGGGGUAGACUGGAAGUCUCUGACCACACCGGCCUGCCUGCCCCUCACCACCGAUUACUUCCCAGACCGCCAGGCACUACAGAACGACUACACCGAGGGCUGCUACGACCUUCUGCCGCACAGUGACCUGGAGAGGCGGGAGGAUGAAUCUCCAGUGAUGAGUGCGUCUCAGGUAUUUGAGGAGUUUAUCUGUCAGAGGUUGAUGCAGGGCUACCAGAUCAUUGUCCAGCCCAAUAACAGAAAGCCACAGCCUGCUGUAGCCACGCCUCUUGGCAGCAGCCCUCUUUACUCCAGAGGGCUGGUGUCUCUGCGUCGGGCGGAGGAGGAGGAGACAGUGUACUGGCUCAGUAUGGGCCGGACCUUCCAUAAAGUUUGUCUCAAAGACAAAAUAAUCACUGUUACUCGCUACCUGCCAAAGUACCCAUACGAGUCAGCUCAGAUCCAGUACAGUUACAGCCUGUGUCCUCCACACUCUGAUGCUCAGUUUGUCUCCUGCUGGGUGGAGUUUGGCCACGAGAGACUGGAGGAAUACAAAUGGAACUACCUAGACCAGUACAUUUGCUCUGCUGGCUCAGAGGACUUCAGUUUGAUCGACUCACUGAAGUUCUGGAGGACUCGCUUCCUACUGCUGCCAGCUGGAGGUGCACGCCGAGUGGCAGAUGGGGAGGGCCACUGGGAUAUUUAUGGGGAGGGAGCAAGUGCUAGGGUUGGUGGUAGCGGGGACUGGCUACUGCUGGAUGGUUUCGUCCGCUUCCUGGAGGGUCUCAAUCGCAUUCGCCGACGCCACCGCUCUGACAGGAUAAUCAGGCCAAAAGGCACACCAAUGAAAGGACUGCAAAUUACGAGUCCUCUCCCUCCAUAUCCUCCUGAGCCUGUUGCCCCACAAGGCAAGAAAGGCACAUCGGCUUUGUCGGCCCUGCUGGAGAUGGAUCAGAAUCAGAAGACGCUGGAGGAGCAGCAGCAGCAGAUGAAGCCCUCAGCAGCUGUCAGUGACCCCACCACUGUUGCGACAGCUCCCACACAUAUAGACAGUCCCCGCAAGGACGCUGCCUUUAUUUUGGAUUUUAUACGUAGCCCACGCUCCUCCUACAUCUAUCACUCUCAGUUGCCUGCUGAAGUUAGCGAGGCUGCAGACAAGGGAGUCCAGCCUGGAGCGACAGGUGGAGCAGCAGCACAGCCGGCAGGAGAGACUGCAGCCAGCAGCAGCAUAGAUACCAGUGGCCAGUCUGCAACGGGAGUCGUCUCUCUGUCCUCCUCCUCACCUCCCUUGGAGAUCCUGGAAGCAAUCAAACAUCCCACGACAGGUGUACAGCUGCUCCCAGAGCAGAAAGGUCUCCCACUCAACUGCUUUAUCAGCGCUGAGGUUGUUCAUUGGCUGGUCAAUAAUGUCGAUGGAGUGGAUACACAGGCAAUGGCUGUGGAUAAAAUGCAGAAAAUGCUGGAUGAAGGUUUGGUGGCCCAUGCUUCUGGAGAAGCAAUGCGCACCUUCGUCUACGGUUUCUACUUCUACAGGAUUGUUGGAGAGAAGGAUGGGCCAAUCUCCCAGCUCCCCCCCACAGCUCCUGGAGUUUGGUCCACUGCAGCCCUGGAGGACUUCACCCUGUUCCAGAGAAAGUGGUUCGAAGUGGCUUUUGUAUUAGAGGAGCAGCAACCCUGUGACCUCCCGACUUUCCUCCUGCCCUGGCUGCCCAGCCGGCCAGCAUCCUACGCAAGUAGGCACAGCUCCUUCAGCCGCAGCUUUGGAGGACGCAGCCAGGCCGCUGCACUGCUAGCUGCUACAGUCCCGGAGCAGAAGACAGUCACGCUGGAUGUGGAUGUUAACAACCGCAGCGACCGGACUGAAUGGUGCAGCUGUUAUUACCAUGGAAACUUCUCCCUCACCGCUGCCUUUGAGAUCAAACUGCACUGGAUGGCUGUCACUGCUGCAGUGCUCUUUGAAAUGGUUCAAGGGUGGCAUAGGAAAGCAGCCUCGUGCGGCUUCCUGUUGGUUCCGGUGCUGGAGGUUCCUUUCGCUCUGACCUCCUACCUGUAUGGAGACCCACUGAGAGCCCAGCUCUUCAUCUCUCUCAACAUCCAGUGUCUGCUGAAGAACGGCAGUGACAAGCUAUUUGAAGGUUUUGAACCAGAGACCUACUGGGAAAGGAUGCAGCUCUUUCAGGAGGCCAUACUGUACAGAUUUGGCUUCGUGCACGACAAGUUUUCUGCUUCUGCUUUUAAUUUCCCCUCUGAGAACAAACCCCAGUACAUUCACGUUACAGGAACCUUGUUCCUACAGCUCCCAUACUCCAAGAGGAAGUACUCGAGUGGACAGCAGCGCCGCCGCCGGAACUCCACCACCUCCAACAGCCACGGGCCGUUCGGCAGCGAGGAGCAGGUCGGUUACUACUGGGCCUACAACACCAUGCUGACCAAAGCCUGGAGGACAGGUGUGCUGGGUGACGAGAGGCUGUCUGACCGCCUGCUCAGGGACUUCACUGACUUCUGCAGCAACAAGGACAAUAGACUGCUCAACUUCUGGGACAGCUGCCAGGAGAAAAUGAACACCAGUGCUCCCUGAUAGGACGAGACAUGACUGGAGGAAAAAAAUAUGUAGAGGGCAAUAAAAGGACUGUGAAAGAUUAAAAGAACAAUUUUUCGACUUUUA